GCAGCGCCGAGGGAAUCUUGCCACAAGCAGAGAGUGACCCGAUUGAUGCUUCGUGGUGAUCGUGAUCGUCGCAGUGAUCACUGUGCGUGGUGGCAGUUAGGGGAGGAUUUCGAUUUCGCUUUCGCAAGUGUACGGCACCGGCUGUGUGGCAGCUACAAAAAGGAUCAGCUUACCUUGCGGCAAGAUCAUUUCUCAAGUGACUACCGUGCAGUGCGGAGCGGCAGCAGCGACAUCGCAACCUGGCAACCUCGCAACUUUAUUUACAAACAACUAGAAUCUCUUCAAACACAAUGGCCGUGCAGGGUCAGAGAUUUAUGACCAAGACGCAGCACUACCGCAAGGUGACCAAGCCUCUGCUGGAGCGCAAGAGACGCGCCCGGAUGAACCUGUAUCUGGAUGAGCUGAAGGAUCUCAUCGUGGACACAAUGGAUGCGCAGGGCGAGCAGGUCAGCAAGCUGGAGAAGGCGGACAUUCUGGAGCUUACAGUCAACUAUCUGAAGGCGCAGCAGCAGCAACGGGUAGCCAAUCCGCAAUCUUCGCCUGUCGCCACCCAGGUUAACCUGGACAAAUUCCGGGCCGGAUACACCCAGGCCGCCUACGAGGUCUCCCACAUAUUCUCCACCGUGCCCGGCCUGGAUCUCAAGUUCGGCACCCACCUGAUGAAGCAGUUGGGACACCAGCUCAAGGAUAUCAAGCAGGAGGAGCCCUAUCCCUACAUGGCAGAGGAACCCGUCAAUCUGGCCGAUCAGAAGCGCUCCAAGUCGCCACAGGAAGAGGAUAUACCCCAUGGCGAGGAUGUCUGGCGUCCCUGGUGAAAUGGGCAUCCCGAAUUCACGCAACCAAUUGACAUUGAUAGCUUUACUACUUAUGUAGUUUCAUUUAGAAACGAUCCAAGUUUUCCAAGGUCUAGUGUAAACAUUUGCCUCAGAAUCGUAUUUAGUUGGUAGUUGAUUUGAUAUGAUGUGAUGUUCCUGUGAUAGUUGUUAAGUUCGUAUUUUGUAUUUCGUAUCUGAUCUCCCCUAGGCUUAAUGAUUCAUGUAUUUAAUUGAUUGUAAUUUAUUGGAUCAUCUCAACAAAGAGCUUCCCCACCGAGCUUCCACUUAGUUUCAUUCAGGAAACACAUUUUUUAUGCUUUAAAUUCACAUUUCUGCUUUACAACAUUUAAUAUAAGCCAAGAAUACUUGAAUAAUAAAAAGAACAUAAACUGAAA